CAAAUUUGCAAAGCGUUAUAGCUCGAGCAAGAGAAAAGUUGUUGCUGUUCUGAGGCCCUGGCCUCAGGGCCCACUUAUUUCAGUAGAACUAUGGCUACUGGUCAAACUUGUUUAGACAUUAGCGACUUGAUUGAUGUUAUUGACUUAUUGAAGAUAUGUGGCUUUCCAGAAACAAAGUGGUAUGAGCUUGGACUGAGAAUAGGACUAAAGAAGAAUACACUGGAUGCAAUAGAAAAGAAUCAUCCUCAUGAUGUAUCUCGGUGUAUGACAGAGUGCCUCUCCCAAUGGUUAGAUAGAGCUGAUGAUGUUGACAGUAGAGGAGGAGCCAACUUGGACUCACUGUCAGAUGCUCUACAAUCUAUGAAUAAAACUGCUGUAGCUGAGAAGUUAAGUAAGUAUUUUCCUACUCCUGAAGUGAGUGUGGUUCCUGAGACUAUUAAAGAUCAUGAUAUAGUAGUUUUACAAGACACAUCUCCUUCUAAUGCAACAGCUGCUAGCAAUUUAUCUUCACAGCCUUUAUCACUUCAAGGUAUCCACCUUUUACAUACUACAAAGCUAGUAAUAUCUUUUAUAGUUGAAGUACAUGUUCCUGUUUCAAAAGGCUUACUGGAGGACUUUAUCUCAAUUAGAAUGUCUUACGGAAGGAUGUUUUACAAUGUGUGCAAGAUUAUUAAACAGAAGCGCUGUUCGCUAAAAGAUAUAAAGGAGCUUUUGUCUUGUUGUGGCACUGUUCUUAGUAAAAAAGUGAAGAAGUGUCGGGAUAUUUCUAGUCUCUUGCAUAUUAUUCAAAAUGAGUGUUCACUGACUAAUAUUGCACUCCUUCAUACUGUAGUAGAUGAGAUGAAGAUCACUGAAGCAGAUGUACACAUUAAGGCAUAUAAAACAGAGUUAAAGGAAUUCUGCAACUCACUCUCCAUCAGUCUUUGUUUGAAGGAAAGAUUCGCCAUCAUUCCUCAUCUUCAAUGUGAAACAGUUACUUUUGUCCUUGAUUGGGAGCCUGAGGAACAUUUACUCAAAGAUAUUGAGGAGAGACAAGAUGUUAUACAAAAGGAACAAAAAGAACGUAGAGACUUACUACAACAUACUGAGGUUAUUUCUUAUAUUAUACUUGAAGAAGCUGAAUAUAAACUAAGAGAUGCUAUCAGCAGCAAAGAGAAGGAACUGAUUGAAUUGAAACGAGAAAUAUCAAUGACUCAAGUACCCGAGGAAGAAUCAUUGUUUGUUCAAAGUGAUACUGAAUCAUUUAAAGAAGUUGAAGAAGAACCACUUGACGAAGAGUUUACUGCAUUGAGGUCUCAGUUUAAUGAGAUACAAAAAGAAAGCAAAGAAUUAUCAGACAAAUUAUCAAAAAUGAAGGCUGGGUAUUUGAGAUCACUUACUAGUCACACUGAUUCAGCUGCUAGUAAAGUGAGAAGAGGAAUGACUUUUGAAAUUGAUGACUGCAAAUUUCAUCUUAAAGCAAUGACAAAUCCAGACUAUCAGCGAUUAGUAGAUAAUAAAAGAAUAAUAGUGGAAUUACAAGAAAAAAUAACAUUAAAGAAUAUGGAACUAAUUACUAAAAGAGAACACAAAGAGAAGAUUAUAAAAGAUAUUAAAGAUUUGAAAGAUAAAGAGACUGAGGGUGCUGCAGGAGAUAAAGAGACUAGUGAUAAAGAGAUUGAGUAUGAUAGUCUGAAUGAUGAAACAAAAGAUCAAAUAUGUUUAUUCACAUUGUAUUGUAAUCAUCCUGUUACUGGAGAAUUUAUGGACUCAAUACUUAAAGUACAUAAAGAUGAACUACUACCCACAGUGCUGGAUAAAGCUUAUGAGUUGAUGGAGUUAGCUCCUCAUAUUCCUAUUGAGAGAUGUCGUUUAGUUAAAUAUUCUUAUGAUGAUGAUGUAAUGGAGCAAUCCUUGGAUCUUGAUGAGUUUCAGUAUCAAACUAUUGGACAAAUUGUGGAUGGGACUAGACAUUAUCCUUUUGAAUUAUUUAUAGAAACUUGUGAAGAAAAUAAAAUUUCUAAUAGAUACAAUGAAGGAGGAAAUAAUAGGAUUGAGUAUGAUAGUCUGAAUAAUGAAACAAAGGAUCCAAUAUGUUUAUUCACCUUGUAUUGCAAUCAUCCUGUUACUGGAGAAUUAAUGGACUCAAUACUUGAAGUACAUAAAGAUGAAUUACUACCCAUAGUACUGAUUAAAGCUUAUGAGUUAAUGAAGUUAGCUCCUCAUAUUCCUAUUGAGAGAUGUCGUUUAGUUAAAUAUUUUUAUGAUGAUGAUGUAAUGGAGCAAUCCUUGGAUCUUGAUGAGUUUCAGCAUCAAACUAUUGGACAGAUUGUGGGUGGGACUAGACAUUACCCUUUUGACUUAUUUAUAGAAACUCGUGAAGAAAGUGAAAUUUUUGAUAAAUACAAAGAAGGAGGUGAUGAUGUAAUAUUAAUGAAUAAGACUGAACACCUCAUUACUGCAUUAGAAAGACAUCCAUUACAGAACAAGUGGGUUUUGUGGUAUUUGAAAAAUGACAAGCAAAAAGAGUGGAAGGACAAUUUAAGAAAGAUCAUUUGCAUCGAUACGGUUGAAGAAUUUUGGUCUGUGUACAAUCAUAUCAAGCCACCAAGCCAACUUAGCAGUGGAUGUGACUACAUGCUAUUUAAGGAAGGUAUUGAACCAAUGUGGCAUGACAAAACAAACAAAAAUGGUGGUAGGUGGUUGUUAAAUAUUGAUAAAAGAGACAGAAAAUAUGGGGUUUUAGACAAUAUUUGGAAGGAAACAUUAUUAUGCUUAAUUGGGGAAAUUUUUGAUGACAGUAGUGAUGAUAUAUGUGGAGCUGUGGUACAAAAUAGAAUAAAAGGAGACAGAAUAUCUCUUUGGACUAAAGCUGCUAAAAAUAAAGAGCAUGUUCACAGAAUAGGUCAUGUAUAUAAAGAGAAGGUACAGAUGCACAUUCUUGGACAAUUUACAAUACAAUACCAGUCACAUCUUGAUGUCGCAAAUAAGACAGGGUUUAGCAGUAGAACACUAUUUACUAUAUAACCUGGCCACACAUUGAUAGGAGCUAAUUAAGACAAUAAUUAGAGUCACAUUUUAUGGUCUAUUAUUGUAUUGCAAUAUACUUGAUAUAAUUUUGGUUGGAAAAAGCUAUUGUAAAUUGCA